AUGGAUUCAAACAACUUCGAGAGUACUUGCAUCAACCCAAGUGCAGAGUUCUUACAUCGGGUCGAGCCUGACUUCCUCUCAAUCGAUACACAGCUUAAUUUUGAGAAUGAAAGAAGUAUGUCGCUAGGAGAAACCUCUCUAGAUGGUUUUGAGGCGAUAUCGGCUGGUGCCACCAGCCCGAUGACACCCAUGGGACACAUGCCAAUCCACAACUUUUAUGGCAUGGAUGGAUGGGUCAAGACAGAGCCUCAAGAUGCAUGGCACAUCCACAACACAGAUUCAGAAGGCCUGUGGCUUGCUCCAGACGGUUCGACAAUGGCCAAUUGUGUUAUGAAUACCUUCACCACUCAGACAUCCACGAGUCAAUUCCAGCCAGGGUACUUUUGUCCUAUGCGACCUAAAAGUGCGAUCGAUCCACCACUAUCGAGGGCAGUUUUCCCUCAUGCUCUUGCCGGAUGUAGAGGAGUCCCGAUAGAGGAGGAUUUGCCAUGGCCAACUUCAGCUCUAAUCACUCAACCUCAAACAGUUGCACCAAGUGCCACGUUCCAGAUGAUGUUGCCGAGUUCCCCCAUGGGCAGAGUCAAACCAGUCACGCCGUUACAGCAUUACCGUGACAGCUCGUAUUGCUCAAGCAGUCCGCCUUCGUGCAAUUCGUCCUCGAUCCUUGCAUCACAGUGGGAGACGGAGGAAUCCAAAUACGACCUUCGCGAUGAGGUUGAAGCUUUUGAAAGAGAGGUAAUGCUGCCAUAUGAAACUCGUGAUUUUUGCAAUUCAGCAACGAAGGUGGAAGACCAGUCACCUAAGAAGUCGUUACCUGCCAAAUCUGGUGUUAACUGCGAAGCUGUAAUCCGUCAAAACGAAUUUGCUUGCAGUUUCAAAGGAUGUAUUGAUAAGAACGGUCGUCAGAAGCGCUUCAAACGACAGGAACACCGAAAACGACAUGAAAAGACCGUUCAUGGCGAACAGGGCGGGCAUGGGCCGAGGCCGAAAUACCCUUGUUGGGUCGUGACGGGUAACAAGAGAUGCGGCAGAGAUUUCUCAAGAAAGGACAACCUCAAUUCUCACCUACUCAAGACUCAUGGUCGAAAGUCGAAUAGCCAACGCAACUCGUAUGUUGCGACACUCGAUAGCAACUCCAAGUAUUAUGACAAGGAUUGGGUAGGAUCUCUGACUGCCGAGGGCCUGCCCAUUGACCCUGCGAGAUGGCCGGACGUUCAAUUGAGAUCUAAAGUCUGA